UUAAUAUUAUGAUACUAUUCGAAUCUUGAAACACCAAUACUUUUAGAUCGUGGUAUAAGUGCCAGCUCAAGAGGUCUGACAUUAGCAUUUACAUUUAGUACUUAUGAUGAAACGAUGACUAUAGCAGAAUCACGAGAAUUACUAGAACAAGGAACAGAAAUGAUUCGUGGUGAUGAGAAUUAGUAUACAAUCAGGAAGAAAGACAGAGACAAAUCAAGGGCAAGAAAUAGUUUCCCCCAAGUGGCAACUGACCUCUGAAUCUGAUUAUUGAGUCCGGACCACCCACUAUAUAUAUAGUUCAUGAGGUCGGAGCAGAUAGCAGCAGACACCAUUUUCCAUCCACCCAAUCCCCAAUUUAAGCACACACGAACUGGAACUUCUUGUUCAUCCAAAUAACAGAAGAACGCAAUGGGGUCCAACGAGGCGGCGCAGCCCAAGAAGCCCCAUGCAGUCUGCAUCCCAUUCCCAGCUCAGAGCCACAUCAAGGCCACCCUCAAGCUCGCCAAGCUCCUCCACCACCGCGGCUUCCACAUCACCUACGUCAACACCGACUUCAACCACACCCGUUUCCUCCAAACCAGAGGCCCCCACGCCCUCGACGGCCUCCCGGACUUCCGAUUCACCACCAUCCCCGACGGCCUCCCUCCCUCCACCCCCGGCGCCACCCAGGACAUUCCCGCGCUCUGCCACUCCAUCCGCACCUUCAUGUCCGCUCCCUUCACGGACCUCCUCGCCAAGCUCUCCGCCGGAAACCCUCCGGUCACCUGCGUCAUUGCCGACCUCAUGCCCUUCGCCGUCGAUGUCGCUCGAGACCUGGGCAUCCCGUCGUUGAGCUUCUGGAGCUUCGCUGCCUGUGCGUUCAUGGGGUUUCACCAAUUCCGGCCUCUAUUCGAAAAGGGCAUCACCCCUUUCAAAGACGACAGCUACUUGACCAACGGGUACCUGGAGACGGCAAUCGAAGUGCCGGGGAUGAAGAACGUCCGGCUCAGGGACCUGCCGAGCUUCUUCCAGACGACGGAUCCCGAAGAGCCGGUUUUCCACUGCCUGAUGGAAUGGGCCGAAGCAGCCGGCAGGGCAUCCGCCAUUCUGCUUCACACAUACGACGCCCUCGAACCGGACGUCCUGGCCGCGCUCAACUCCACCUACCCGAACCGGGUCUACGCGGUCGGACCGAUCCAGCUCCUCCUCGACCAGAUCUCGACCCACCCGACCCUCGACGCCUUCACCUACAGCCUGUGGAAGGAAGAGCCAGAGUGCCUCCGCUGGCUCGACACCCAGCCGCCCAAUUCCGUCAUCUACGUCAAUUUCGGCAGCAUCACCACCAUGUCACCACACCACCUGAUCGAAUUCGCCAUGGGUUUCGUGAACAGCGAGGUGCCCUUCCUCUGGGUCAUCCGGCCCGACCUUGUCACCGGGGAGUCGUCGGCGCUUCCGAAGGAGUUCCAGGAGAAGGCGGAGAGGGUCGGGUUUAUUUCCGGCUGGUGCCCGCAGGAGGAAGUUCUCAACCAUCCGGCGGUCGGAGGGUUUCUGACGCAUUGCGGGUGGGGAUCGAUUAUUGAGAGCUUGACGGCGGGAGUUCCGGUGCUCUGCUGGACCUUCUUCGGGGACCAGCCGAUGAACUGCAGGUUUGCGUGCACGGAGUGGGGGGUCGGGAUGGAGAUCGACAAGGACGUGAAGAGGGCGGCGGUGGAGGAGCUGGUUAGGGAGCUGAUGAAUGGAGAAGAGGGGGAGAAGAUGAGGAAGAAGGCCGGGGAUUGGGGGAAGCUGGCUCGAGAAGCUACUGGGCCUGGUGGAUCGUCGAUAGUCAAUCUGGACCGUUUGGUUAAUGAGGUCCUUUUGCCCAAAUAAAGGAUUGGGCUUCCUGGUUUGAGGUUUGGGCUGUUCUUGAUAUUCGAAUACUAUACCGCAAAAAUAAAGACAUAAUAAGAAAAUAACGACUGUAAACUACUACUACCCAAUUGUUGCGGAGAAGGUGCUAAUUAAUUAGCUGGUCCUAGCUCCUGCUACUACAUGGAUUCUGCCAUAAGGUUAGGAUUCAUGUAGAAAAAUAAUGUAUUCCACAAUUUCCCUUUGCAUAUUAUUACCUGGUAGUUGUUAAUGAUUUUUUUGCAUGAUAUCUACUCACUUUCGUUUGUGUUUAAUAUCAUGUGUACUACGGAUUCAUCCCCUACAUCUUAUGUACAUUUCCCAACCAAUUGGAACUUUUAUGGAAUAGGUUGGAGGUUGGGAAUGCAUUGUCAUGAGUUGUACAAGGCUUUAGUUAGUAGACUCUCUUCAAAGGGAACUAAGGGUUCGUUUGGAAGUUGUGGUUCUUUAAAUCGAUGAAUUCUAUUAAUGUGUGCAUUUUUUCUAAAUUGAUGUUUUUGUUUGAAUGGUUGUAUUUGAAAAAUCCCUUGUUUGUAUGUAUAGAUUGCGCUUUUCACAUAUUUAAAAAGGUAAUAUACUU